CUUCCGGUAGGAAAGGAGGACACGUGUCGCUCACAAACACAACUUUCACUGCUUCUCCAACCUCAAUUCCAUUUUAUUUCACUGACUCCCCGCCCGAAGCCCAAAAGCCAGUUCCUAUGGCGGAUAUACAGCAAUCAGAUGCCCAGUUAAACGGCAUCGUACCACCCACCGUCCCCGUCGUUUCAUCCGAGGCCGUCGGAUCCAAACGCCAGCGACGUCCCAGCGUUCGAUUAGGCGACAUCGGCGGUGACCAAACCUACGACUCUCAUUUACGAAGGCCCUCCUCCUCUUCCGCCGCCUCUAAGCAAUGGAAACACCAACCCCACCUUUCCUCCGUUGCCUGCGUCGGUUCUUAUUCCUCAAAAACUCGUGCUGUUACCAAACCCAACAACGAAACCUUCGACGACGAAAGAGAAGCUAACAAAGACAACAACAACAAUUUAGAUAGCGUUGCAAUUGGUAGCUGGAGAGUCAAGGAUUUCAAGAAACGGGCCCCCGCCACGAAACGAAUCCGAUCCAAUUGGGUUCUCAAAUUCGACGAUUCCAGCGGUGGCAACAACGUCAAUAUCAACGGCAACAAUGAAACGGAUGAAAAAUACAGUGGCGGCGAAGAUAACGACGGUUUCGAUAUGGAGAAUUCGGAGAGUCCCAUCAAAGAACAGAGCCCGAUUCAUUGUUUGGAUAAUUUGGGUAUCCAUGGAAAUGAAAGGGAAGUGGUUUACCAUGGGAACAACCAGAGGAGGCCAAUGACUGGACCUUCAGAAGAUGGGGUUACAAUAUGGCUGAAUGGUUUGGGUUUAGGAAGGUACGCCCCUCUUUUCGAGAUCCAUGAAGUGGAUGAUGAGGUUUUGCAGUUGUUGACAUUGGAAGAUUUGAAGGAUAUGGGGAUCAAUGCUGUUGGAUCUAGGAGGAAAAUUUUUUGUGCGAUUCAGAAGCUUAGUAAAGGGUUUUUAUGAAGUUUUCCAGUAAUGGUUAUUGGGGGAAAGGGUGGUUUGCAAGGACAUAUUUAUCCGCCAUUGCAAUGUAAGUUUAAGCUUUUAUUAGCUUUCUUUAUGUUAACCUUUUUUGGUUUAGUAAAAGUAGGAGAGUCGGUAGGAUUUUUGGUUAGUUUUAAAGAUGCCUUUUUUAAGUUAAAUGCCAACUCUUGUUGAGAAUUUUAUUAGAGAACAGUGAGAAAACAUUAGCUUCCAGUUUGGUUAAA